AUGCCACGUUUACGUAAUAAAAUUUUAUCGAACUCAGAAUCGAUAAAUGAUUCUUCUAUCGAAACUUUUACACCGGACAAAAAUAAAAGAAAAACUCGAAAACAAAGUGAAAAUGAAGAUUUAUUUAGUAUUUCUAAAUUAAAAAAUGAGGAACAAAUGCUAACUGAUGAAUCCAUUGAAUUUGUAUCUUUAAUAUCACCUGAUAUAAAAACAACAACAGAAAGUGAAGAAGAAAUACCAACGAAAAAUAUUUCAAAACGUAUUAACAAAACAAAAAAUUCAGAUACUGAAAAAGAAAAUGAACAGAAAACUCUUAAAACGAGAAAUAAUCGUAAAUCAAUGCCAAAUAAUACAGAAAUUCAAAAUUCUGAUGGUGAGACGAAUCUACGGCAAUUAAGAAGUAGAAAAUCCAUGUCGAAAGUAGAUACAACAGAAGAUAGUGGUACAUCGAAGAAGAAACGUUCUAUGGUAUCUAAAAAAAGUAAUAAAAAAAAUUUAAACAGUUCAAACUCGGAUGAAAAUAAUGAAAAUGAUAUUAUUAUUAAAAAAACGAGAAAAGGUAGAAAGUCAUUUAUUAAUAAAGAGGAAAAUUUAAGUUCAACAUUAAGUAAAGUAAAUAAAACGCCAAAUUCAAACAAGCAGGCAGAAAAUAAUCAUGUUGAUUCCAAUUCAGAUACGGAAAUGAACAAAACUGGAUCUAAAAAAGACAAAAAAUCUAUUCGAAAUAGAUUUGAAACAGUUCUGGAUGGUGAAACUUCACAGUCGGAAAAUAAUAUAAAAGAAGUAUCAAAACGAACAAAAUCAAAAAGAUCUACACGAACUAAUGAAGUUGUACAAAAGUCUGAAAAUUCAAUUUUAAAGCCAGAUCAAGAAAUUAACAUAGAAAUGAAUCGAGGUAAAUCGAAAGUUCGUCGAAAAUCUACACGAGCUCAGGAAAUUUCAAUUCCUGCAGUCGAAGAUUUGAUUACGGACGAUGAAGAUAAAAAAAUUGUUGAAGAAUCGAAGUCCAUUAAAUCAAAAGUAAAUCGGAGAUCUACACGAGCUCAUGAAAAUUCCUUUGAAGCAGUUAAAGAAUUAAAUCCUGACCGUGAAAAUUCCAAGUCAAAAAACCAAGAAAUUCGCAUGGAAAUAAAUCGGACAAAUGAACCCGAAGAUAAGCCUGAAAAUUCAAUUUUAAAGCCGGAUCAAGAAAUUAAUAUAGAAAUGAAUCGAGGUAGAUCGAAAGUUCGUCGAAAAUCUACACGAGCUCAGGAAAAUUCAGUUUCUGCCGUCGAAGAUUUGAUUACUGAUGAUGAAGAUCAAAAAAUUGUUGAAGAAACGAAGCCUAUUAAAUCAAAAGUGAUUCGGAGAUCUACACGAGCUCAUGAAAAUUCCUUUGAAGCGGUUAAAGGUUUGAACCCUGACAGCGAAAACCCCAAGUCAAAAGACCAAGAAAUUCGAAAGGAAAUGAAUCGGAGUGUAUCUAAAGUGAAUGUAAGAUUGACACGAGCUCAUGAAGAUUAUCCUGAAAGGUUCAAAGAUUUAACUGACAGCGAAGAUCAAGAAAUUGACGUGAAAAUAAAUCAAACUAAAUCAAAAGUGAAUCGCAGAUCUACACGAGCUCAUGAAAAUUCUUUCGAAGCGGUCAAAGAUUUAAUUAUUGACAGAGAAGAUUCUAAAGAUCAAGAAAUUAAUAUGGAAAAGAAUCGGACAUCGUCACGAAGUAAUGAAAGCUCUUUUGAAGCGGCCAAAGGUCUAAAUACUGACAGCGCUGAUAUUAAAGAUCAAGAAAUUGAUAUGGAAAAGAAUGAGAGUAAAUUAAAAGUGCAGAAUCGAAGAUCUACACGAAGUAAUGGAAAUUCAUUUGAGGCAAUUAACGAUUUAGUCACUAACAGCGAAAAUUCUAAGUCGGAAUAUCAGAUAAUUGAUGUAGAAAUGAAUCAGAGUAUAUCAAAAAAGGAUCGUAGCUCUGAACAAAUUCAUGAAAAUUCAUUGGAAGCAGUUGAAGACCUGGUUACUGAUAGCGAAAAUCCGAAGUCAGAAGAAAGUUAUGUGAGCAUGAACCGAAGUAAAUCCAGAACAGAUCGAAGAUCCACACGAAUUCAUGAAAGUUCAUUUGAAGUAGUCAGAGGUUUGGUUACUAAUAACGAAGAUCCAAAAUCAGAAGAAAGUGAUGUGGACAUGAAUCGUAGUAAAUCCAGAACAGAUCGAAGAUCUACUCGAAUUCAUGAAAACUCAUUUGAAGUAGUCAAAGAUUUGAUUACUGAAAAUAAUGAUACAACUUUUUCACCCAAAUCACCGAAAUUCCAAUAUCAAGAUACAUUUACGCCAACCAUCAGCGGACGAAGCAUGAGAAAAUCCAAAUAUGAGACAAGUACACCCGCAAGAGCAUUACUUUCAAAAUCACUCACACAAAAAGUCAAUUUAAAUCAAACACCGCAAAAUAUAAGCUUAAUUGAUUUGACUAAUUUUACGCCACGAAGUAUUAUUAAAAAAACUGCGAGAACAGUAAAAAAUUCACCAAAAUCAAUGGAGAAAAAAGAUAUGAAAUCACAAAUUACUUUACGCAAAAAACGUUCAAUUUCCGAAUCAGAUUUAACAAGUGCAAGAAAAUCAAGGGUUACAUUUCAUCCAAAUACGUCUGUGUUUCAUAUGGACUCUCUUGAUUCAACUUUAGAUGAUUCAGAAAUAUCACUUAAUAUACAUUCGACAAGUUUAGUUAAAGAGAGUACGUCAAAGAAAAGUGUCGAUUUUGUCUCAAUAAAUCCAUUAAAUGAUACUUACGAUAUGGAAGCAUUUGAGAAUCAAUCUGCAGAUGCUAUUGAAGAAAAUUCAUCGACAGGUGCGCAUUUAUCGAUUAAAUCAAACGAAGAAAUAGAUGGCGUUUGUAAAUUAAAUGAAACAUUCACACCAGAGGAAGAUAAGGUUAAAGUUCGUGAAUUAUCCAAGAGGAUCAAAAUUCAUGAAAAACAACCACUUGUUACUGAUUGCUGUACUAAAAGAAAAGUUUUUAAGAAAACUCCAAAACGUUUAAUACACUCCAGUGUUGGUAGCGGUUUAAAAAAAAUUAGUAAUGAAGAAAAAACCCCCGCCAAAACCGGUACAAAUAAUUUGCAAAGAAAUAUCAAAGCGGCACUAGACAAUAAUGGAUUGGUAAUUAACAAAAACGAUACUGUAAAUUCAUUGAAAAAAACUCCAUCUACUUCCAUUAAGAAUCAACAGCCUACACCUAAAAGAGGUACAAGUGUAAAAAAAAUGCCUGAUUUCGCUUCAAUACAUAAAAGAAAUUUUGAAAAAAUGGAAUCGUUAGUUGAAAAUGUGAAAAAACGUGCGGACCGAGCAAAACAAUUAUUUUCAAUUGCAUCUGAAGCAGGUCAUAAAGAUAAUUCAACUAAUAAUCAUAAUAAACCAACACGACUUCCAGUUCCAGCAAAUAGGCUUGUUGCAACCACUGCUACAGUUAAAACACCAAGUAAGGAAAAUACUCCAGCGAAAGCAAACUUAAAAAAUACUCCUGGAAAAGCAAUCAUUAAAAAAACCCCAGGAAAACCAGCAAAUAGGUUCGGUUUUGGUUUACAAAACGCCAAGGACAAGAAAGAAUUAUUAAAAGAAGAAGUGAAGAAAAAACAAGUAAUUCGAGGGGAUUUAGGAACAUUGAGACAAAAAGAUAGGCAAUAUAUUAAAGGAGUACGAUCAAAUCGACGAUUUGAUCUUUUAAUGCAAUCGCGUGAUUGUAAAUAA